CUGCGGCAGGGGCCGCCCCCUCAUCCUCCAUGGCUGUUUGCCCGGCUGCAUUGUGGGAGUUUGACCCGAGCCGCCGCCGGAGCCGCCGCCGGAGCAGGACGCGGGAGACGAGCCGCCACCGCCGCCGAGGGGACCAUGGGGGCCGUGACGGACGAUGAAGUUAUAAGAAAACGGCUCUUAAUUGAUGGCGAUGGUGCUGGUGAUGAUCGGAGAAUCAACCUGUUAGUGAAGAGUUUCAUUAAAUGGUGCAACUCUGGCUCUCAGGAAGAAGGUUAUAGCCAGUACCAGCGAAUGCUGAGUACCCUGUCUCAAUGUGAAUUUUCAAUGGGAAAAACCCUGCUUGUAUAUGAUAUGAAUCUCAGAGAAAUGGAAAACUAUGAAAAAAUUUACAAAGACAUAGAAAAUAGCAUAGCUGGAGCACACGAAAAAAUUUCUGAGUGCAAAAAGCAGAUCCUUCAAGCAAAACGAAUACGGAAAAAUCGCCAGGAAUAUGAUGCCUUGGCAAAAGUCAUACAGCACCAUCCAGACAGGCAUGAAACGUUAAAGGAACUAGAUGCUUUGGGGAAAGAAUUACAACAUCUUUCUCACAUAAAAGAAAAUGUUGAAGAUAAGCUGGAACUAAGGAGAAAGCAGUUUCACGUUCUUCUUAGCACUAUCCACGAACUUCAGCAAACAUUAGAAAAUGAUGAAAAACUAUCGGAAGUGGAAGAGGCUCAGGAAGCGAGCUUGGAGGCAGAGACUAAACCAUAGGCAAACACAAGCCUCCCCAGGCUGAAGAGACCUAACUAUAUCAGUUUCCUUUCACAUGUUAAAUCCUUGUUACUUUGGUGAAACUAACAGACUAGGGAUGAUAAAUUUUUAUUAAUUUUUUUUCAAAUGUC